AAGGAAGAGGGCAGAACAAAGUGAGGACCUCCACGAGAGGAGGUGUUUGCACAGAGAGCUGCUUUUUCAUUCAAAGAGACUAAAGUAGUACCAACGUUUGGAUCGAUAUCUGCAUCGAUCUGCCCACCCUUGUCUCCUGGAUCGUAGCUGAGAUCAGCGUGAACCACGUGGGUCUCUGCUCCCUGAUCUGUUUCCUGUGUUUGGAAAGAGUUCCAGCUUCAUCACGGAGUUUCUCUCGGUUUGUGGGAUCAUCUAAAGCUGAUCAGCAGGAGGAGAAGAGUCUGACGGAGCAGCAGAGGAACAUUUUCAGCCAUCUGGACUCAGCUGAGUCACUACAGAGGAAACAAUGAGCUCAACACAGAAGGACAAACAUGGAGCGAGAAGUCAGCGCUCUCAGGAGGCCGACAAACCUCACAGAAGAAAGAGAGAGAAAACAUACACCUGUGACGAGUGUGGGAAGGAUUUUACUGAGAAGUCUACACUAAAACAGCAUCAGGUCAUCCACACUGGAGAGAGACCGUUCAGCUGUGACUUGUGUGGAAAGACUUUUUCCUGGAGGGCUGCUCUAAAACAGCACCAACUCAUCCACAGUGGAGUUAAAGCGUACAGCUGUGACGAGUGUGGCAGAGCUUUUACUCAAAGUUGCCAACUACAGAGUCAUCUAGUUACCCACUCUGGAAUUAAGGCAUACAGCUGUGACGAGUGUGGCAGAGCUUUUACUCACAGUAGCAGCUUACAGAAGCAUCUAGUUACCCACUCUGGAAUUAAGGCAUACAGCUGUGACAUUUGUGGAAAAACCUUCAGUCAGAUAGGGCACCGAAAUACACACCUACGCAUUCACACUGGACAUGAUGUGUACUGCUGUGAUCAGUGUGGCAGACAGUGUACAACCAACAAGCAGUUACAAUGCCACAUGUUUACCCACACUGAGGAACGACCUUAUAAAUGUGACCUGUGUGAGAAGACUUUUAAAUCUCCACGUCACCUGAGAGAACACCAACAGAUCCACACCAGAAAGAGACUCUACAAGUGCAGUUACUGUGAGAAGCAGAGCGACACAGAUGGAUCCAGUUCUCAACCCUGUCAUCACUGUGGUGGUGGGAAAGACUUUCGUUGUGACCUCUGUGGAAAAACUUUCAGUUGGCAAGGCAACCUAAGAAGACAUCAACGUGAGCACAGUGGAGACAAACUGAAAUACUGCAAAGAAUGUGGGAGAUGCUUCACCGCACCAAGUUCCUUAAAACAACAUGAACUGAUUCACAGUGGGGUUAAAAAGCACGUCUGUGAUCAAUGUGGGUCAUCCUUCACCACUGCCUGUGAGCUUAAAACACACAAACGAGUCCACACAGGAGAGAAACCAUACAAGUGCAGACACUGUGACAAAAGCUUCUCACAUUCAGGUAGUCGUAACAAGCAUGAACGUACACACAUGGAAGGAAACUACAGCUGUGACCAGUGUGACAAGAGCUUCAGGAAUCUCAGUUCAUACUCCAAACACAAACGAUCCCACGUUACUAAUAAACUGUUUCACUGUUACCAAUGUGCCCAAACAUUCACCUCAUUGUCUGCUCUGUGCAAACAUCAGCGUGAUCACUCAGGGCUGAAAUCACUCCCAUCACUGGAUCACAGUGAAUCUGAAGAGACAGAAAGAUCCUCUGGUUUCAGUGUCAGACUUAAAACCCUUGAGAUCAGGCUCCACAGAGUUCAGAUGGAAUCUCCUGUAAAGAUCUGAUGAAAAUGUUCCACUAGAUCAGGGGUCGGCAACCCUAGGCACGCGUUCCACAGUUGGCACGCGAAGGGUUAACUGAUGGCACGACCAUAGGGCAUACCGGGCAUUUGCUCGGUGGCCCGAUGCUUUUUUCUUUUUCUUUUUUUUUUGUAACGGUAUAAACAAUGAAAGGUGGUGGGUUGGCCAGAUGUUGGCCGGUGUGUAAAAAUAACUCAGUUGUUUGGCGGUGGCUACGGAGCUUCCACAGAUUCAGUAACAUUAGCAAGUGGUGGAGGCCAGCAGGUGGAUGAGGGAGAAGGGAGGCAGGAGGAGCAGAGACCCGAGGCGGGGCCGGUCCGAGUGUCAGGUGAACUGAACUUCAGGUAAGAAGUUAUGACCUGCAGUCUAUCUGGGUCAGAUAUAAACCAAGUUUAGGUGGAGUUUAUUUUCGUUGUGCUGACUUUUUACAGUCAGUUACAAUAACUCAUACUGUGUACUAGCUAGCAUGACGGAGUUUCUAUACAGCUGGGUCAGUGCUAUGACGUUACUGAUGUUGAACUUCAUUUUAUUCAUAAGGUUAGUUAGUAGAGUUGCCAACGGCUCCUUAAAAAAUGGAAUCGUCCCACAUUCAGAGAAAUUAGAUGAGCUGAAAAGGAACACAGUUUGUCCCGGACUUCAGCUACAAUGAAAAAGACACAAAGCUGGAUUUAUUCUGUGUCUUUGCUGCACAGCUGCCUCUUCUUCUCUCAUUCUCUCCCCCUCUCUCUCCUGUUGCUACUUCAAUCAUGAAACUGAUCAAUGAUCAGCUGAUCGGCUUUUCUCUCUUUUUUGUUUAUCGCCCACUUUGCGCCAGAAAGAGGAAACCAGCCGAUGUCGUGUUAAACAGCAGCAGCACGUUUAAGCUUGAUCAGCUGUUGUUAGAAUUUAUUUAAUAUUAAUUUCUAGUAUCAGCUGAUGUUUGCUGGAGCCACAGCUGUAAAGCUGCUGGUCAUGAUGUCGGUUUGGAUAUGUGGUGAGAGGGAAACAUGAAGAUGAAACCAGGAGAUGUCCUUACUGAAUCAUCAGAGCUGAACAGGUGAUGGAGAAACAGCUUUACCUUUUAGGUGACAUGAAUGAGUUGAAGGGAAGUUAUGAGCUGUUUCUGAGAGACAAAUAACACCAGGAUCCUUUUCUAAGUAGCUGACAGCUGGUAACUGUGCAGGGGCGGGUCUAGCAAAGCUUUGCCAGGGGGCCAGGUAGGGCAUUAACAGGGAAAGGGGGGCACAAAGAAAUACUUUCUUAUUCUCAUUUAAAAUGUCUGGCUGUUAUUAAAUAAUUAUAUGAAGUUUUUAUGUGAUGUAAAAUGUAUAGAAAUCAUACAUAUACCAACAAGACAGUGUACAUCACUGUCACAACAGCGUUUGUUUUCAUUCAAAGGCUUUAUGGCUUUAAUACCUGGUGGGCCGGUCUGUAGUCAAAAUGCUGGCUGAGUAAUUGCCAGUUAAUGCAACAUCGAAGCAGCUGGAAUCCACAGCUGUGUAUAGCUGUGCGUGUUCAUGGAGCUUGCAUUUUCACCUGCUGGACAUCACUACCUGACAAGUUUAACUGUCUUCAGAACAUUGCAGAGGCCUUAUUGACAGUAUUUGGCUCUACAUAUCUGUGUGAGCAGAUUUUCUCUCACAUGAGUGUCCUCAGGUAGCCGUCUGAAUGCUGGACACUCGGAGACCUGUGUCUCUGAGUGGGAGACCACAGAUCACAUUAACAUGUGUGUCUCUAUAUUAACAGACAUGCCAUAUUGGCUGAGUUUAUUUUUCUUAUCAUUGUUGUGAGGAGACCAUAAAUAGCAUUUGUAUUUUCUGUUGUACAAUUCAUUUGCUGUUAUGGAGUUCUUGUUAUGGAUAAAAAGUGUCUUUUUUUGUUUCAAAAUAGCUGAUAACUAUUCGCUGACAGCUGCCAACAUCUGCAAACAAAUAUAAUUCUAUAAAGUGGUUCUAUAUAUUGUGUAACUGUUCAUAUAGAGCGUUAUUAAAUUUAUUGCUAAUGCAAUCAUAUGGCACACUGACUUCUGAGGAAAUUUUAAAUGGCACUCGCCAUCAGAAAGGUUGCCUACCCCUGCACUAGAUGGAUGCGUAAUCUCUUUUUCUGAAGGUUGCUCUCUUCCUGUUUCUGCCAGUGCUGACUGCAGAGAUGUAAUUCAGAUCCAUGUCACUGUUUGGAAGUAUCAGAGAACUGCUGAUGCUGUAAAGCUGCUGGUCAGUCUGAUGGGCUGUUGUGUUGUUGUUGGUGAUGCUAGAUGAAGUGCUGGUGGACCAGGUGAGCUCAGGUUGAGGGUAGAUCCCCUCUGAGCUGCAGGUGAUCCUUUGUCCUACUUGUUGGAGAUUAACUUCACGGACUGGAGCUGAAAAAAACAAAAAACAAACUAAGAAUAAAAAAAACCAAAAGAAAAAUAUAUUUCUAAAGAAGUCAGAAAGAGAUUUUGUUGUCACAAUUUUCCUUUUCUGUUUAUUUUAUGUUAACAUGAUUUAAUUGAACAAAAAUCAUGUAAACAUGAAUCUCAGACCACAGUAAAAUAUAACAUUUGUCUUAGUGUUUUGACACAGCAUUUCUAAAUACAGAUAAUGAUUAAUGAUGUAACAUGUCAUGUAUUCUUUAUGUAUUUGAAGUGUUAUAAAAAUGACUCUGGAUCAGUCCUGGUGUCACAGACAGGCCUCGGGGCUUCAAACCUCAGAAAGUCCUUUUAGCUCUCAGCUGAAUUCCUCUGACACACUUUAACAACUAUAAGUCAAAGGUCAGCGGUCAUAUGAUUUGGUAAUGACAAUGCUGAAUAACCACAUCACUGAUUAGGUAUUGUAGUAACAACUCAGACUGUUAUAAUUAUUUAGUUAAUAAUACGGGUUCAUGAUGUUGUUUCAGGUUGUUUGUGGUUCAAUUUCUUGCGUAGGUUGUAAAUAUGGCAGCUUUAGUCUUUCCUGUCUUUUUAAAAAGAGUUUUGUUACCGUCCACAUUCAGGAUGAUGAACAUUUCACUGAUGGUGCUGGUGUGGCACUGGUAUCUCCCCUCAUCCUGAAUGUUCACCUCUGUCAGCUGGAGUGAGGCGUUUCCUCUGGAGACCUGAUCCUUGGAAAGUGAAGUCCUACUUCUGACUGAAUAUAUGAUCGAGCAGUUAUAUAAACAUGAAUCUAUCCACCGAGCUCCUCCUCGCCUGCUGUGCAUCCAUGUUCAGCAGCCUUUCAUCUGUUUCUCAGGUUUUGUAUGUUAAAUAGUUCCUGCUUCUGGGGUUCGACAUGUUUCGGUUGUCUUAUUUUAUGUAUAUAAUUAAGAUGUUGUGAAUAAGUAUUUCAGUUGUAUCCCGUAGUUGUUUGCUUGACAUCAAGCUUUAUCCAAGGAAAAACAAAAACACUGUCUGUCUUUCCUCCAAAAUAACACUUGGAUUACAGUUGGACUGAUUUACCAGGUGGUGAUACAAAAAAUAAAAAGUCUAAGAUAUUUAAAUCUAUAGAACAUAAUCAACAACAGAGACCAGACCUGAAAGUGUGAAACAUACUGUAUUUGGCAAAAAACAAAAAAAUAUA